AGUGAUUUCUGAAGUGCCGGCCGCGUGGAUUUGUGCCUUGCGUGCUGGAUUGCCACAGUCGCUGCCAUGACCAAAAUAAAGGCAGAUCCAGACGGGCCGGAGGCUCAGGCGGACGCGUGCUGCGCGGAGCGCACUUACCAUGAACUGCUAGUGAAUCUGAACCCCAUCGCGCAGCCUCUGGCGUCUCGCCGCCUCACGCGGAAGCUCUACAAAUGCAUCAAGAAAGCCGUGAAGCAGAAGCAGAUUCGGCGCGGGGUGAAGGAGGUUCAGAAAUUUAUCAACAAAGGCGAGAAAGGGCACUGUGCUAUGGGGAGACAAUGGCAGUAAUCAAAUACAAAAUUACAAGUUGUCAUGGGAUUAUGGUUUUGGCAGGAGACACGUUACCCAUUGAGGUAUACUGCCAUCUCCCAGUUAUGUGUGAAGAUCGGAAUUUGCCAUAUGUCUAUAUCCCCUCUAAGACGGACCUGGGUGCAGCCGCUGGCUCUAAGCGCCCCACCUGUGUGAUAAUGGUCAAGCCCCACGAGGAAUACCAGGAGGCCUAUGACGAGUGCCUGGAGGAGGUGCAAGCCCUGCCCCCACCCAUGUGAAGGACUUAGGCACAACCUGGGCACCUGCUCCAAAAACAGUUGGCUUGGUGGCAGGCCAGUUGGCUGCCCUCCUGCUGCCCACAUUCAGGCAUCUCCGUGGUCCCCUGAGGCACGUAUUCUUCCUAAGCAGCUCCAACAGUGACUUCACAACGGCAGAGCCAGCAUCUUCUCCAUCAGCGCUGUUUCCUGCUGAACUUCAGUGAAGAUAGUUCCAAGAAUGUGAUGUGGGGGAAGUAAAUCCUAAAACUAAAA